AUGUCAAUAACAUCCACCCUGGAACGCUUUGAGGGGUCGAUCAACGCGGGGCAGCAUCGUUCCCCGGAUCCAAGUACGGCGCGCCGAGACACCAUUGGCGACGAUGCCCGCCCAACUACCCGGCAGCGCCGCGCUUCACCCAUACGUGCUACUCGAGGAGUUACGGCAGGAGAGCGCACGCGCACACCGAUGGUGGCGGGCGCACUGGCACACGAGCUGCGUCAGGCCGGACACGCGGCACAGCCAGGCGACGUGCCUGACGGCUUUCAGCAGUGGGCAGACAGGCUGGAGUUUGCCAAUGGAGUCGUGCCCUCGAUGGAGACGGGCUGGAAGGUGAAUAGCUCGUACAACUCACCGAUGCUUGCGUGGACUGCCCACGAACUGACGCAAUGUGUGCCCCCAUGGCAGGCAGUGGUAGAUUACGCUAUCAACGUGCUGGCGUAUGACACGGCCGUCGCCGAUAUGAACUUCUGGGUGCCACCCCUCCUCGCUGAGCGAGUCGUCGCACAGGCACUGGGGAUAACCGAUCCUGGGCAGCGCGCCCUGUUGAACGACGCUAAGCACACUGGAUGGAUGACGAGGCGCAUGCAGGUGUGGCGCAACCUACGCUGGGAGCAGGGGCGCGCAUACACCAACGUCCUGCACGGCGUCCCGUACGAAGGCGCGGCGAACCCGCGCAUCACAGUCCCGGCGGAACCGCCCCGUGACGCAGAUCCGUGCAUCAGCGCGGAGCAAUUCUCUGAAGUCUACAAGGUGGGUAAGGCAACCAUUGGUCUGUGCCACACGUCAUGCACGUGUAUUUUUUUAUCAGGUGUUGACCUGCCGAACACUUACUUCGAUACCAUGUAG